CAGCACAUUCCCUUAGCGUGCUUGCAAACCCAGGCACAGAACAGUGCAGUUAGACUCGAGUCGCAGACGGGACCGACCCAGCGCUGCGUGGCCAGAAUAUUAAUUUCACCAGUCAGGCGGACACGCUUUUAAACACUGACCGACCCACGGGGCACUAUAUCAAAGAGGGAAUCUCAGUGAGCCUUCAAACGCACUUUUAAUCUCACGAAUGACUUCUUUCUGAAUAAAGAAACCCGGGAAGACGAGUAGUUAGUUUUACAGUUUAACCAGCGGGAGGACUGGAAGACACGGGAAAACAAACAUCUUCAAAGAGAUUCGCUAAGCGCACCAACCGGACUGAGGCCACCUGUCUUUACAGUAUGCGAUUUUUGUCCAUUUAGAGAAAUGGCACGUCAGCUUUCCAAACCCGAAAGAAAGACCAUGGACACCUGCUUGCGACGUUUAAAACAGGAGCUGCUCUCAAUGAAGGAGUCUGGGGAUGGCCUGCAUGAUCAGAUGAACAGUAUGAUGGGAGCCCUGCAGGAGCUGAAGCUUCUCCAGCUGCAGAGUACUCUGGAGCAGCUGCAGAUCUCCGAGAGCCAGGGCCAGCUUCCAGCCACGGAGGAAAUGAAAACCAGGCAGGAAGACUGGAGAGUCCUGAGGCCAAGCAGCUUUCAUACUCCCAGACCUGCUUCUAGUUCCCCAUCAGAGCCUAUGAGCUCCUCAAAGCACAUGCUGUGUGCAAGAGAUGAAGCCGGGGUGAUGCCUUCAAGCGAGGUCCCCAGCAGAAGCUCCCACCACGGCAGCCGUGUGUCCUCAGCGCCCAGUGAAAAUGAAUCUCCAAGUCCCAUUGGAUCAUCAGCUGUGGAUCUUCAAUCCAUCUUGCAGAAUCUUUCCAGAGAAGCCUCUGCGAUGGAUAAGGGAGCCCUAGAGAGCACGGAUGAUUCAAACGACUGGACCUCUUCUCUGAUGUGCCAGAGUCGCAACAGGCAACCUCUCGUUUUGGGGGAUAAUAUUUUUGCUGACCUGGUUGGAAACUGGUUGGAUUUGCCAGAGCCAGAGAAAAAGGCAUUGGAGGGAGAAAGAAAUGAUCAUCCUGUGAGUGUGAGCAAAUCUCAAGAGAUCAUCAAGAAGUUCUCAUGGACUGCUACUAUUUUUAAGAAGCUCCUCAGGAGUGUGCGCCCAGAUAAGGAGAGGUUGCUCAAGGAAAAGCCUGGCUGGAUGUCGCUGGAGGAACAGGGGGCAGAGAUCUCUAAAAGACCUAAAAAGACGGUGAAACAGAAGAGCAUUUUUUACCUCCCUCUCCGGGGACAUCCGCAGAGCGCUCAGAUCAAAAGCAGGAAAGUCCCACAGCCUUCAGAAGAGAAGACACCUGGCUCUUACAUCACAAGAGGACCUGAUGCAGUGGAGAAAGUGCAGCCUGGGUUUGAUUACCACACAGCUGUUUGGGUCUAAUGAAACUGCAACCUCCAGAUCUGGCAAAAAGGGAUUACUGAUUCGAUACUCCAGUCUUCCAAAUGUAUAUACUGUCAAAUACAGCACCUGUGCUUAGUCCUGGGAGCCUGGUCAAUGUUUCACACAGUGUGGGCAAUAAUAUAGUUCAGCGUGCUGGGAGAUGCAUUGCAAUGCUUGCUAAUCCUUUGUGAAUUUAGUGAUCACCCCUCUCCCUGGAAAGUGCCCAUGAAUUAAGCAAAAGCAACAACGAGAUACUCGGAAGGACUUUUGUCUCAACGACCAGCACAGAAAGCCAUUCCCUCACAAUACUGCCCUCAGUAAGCUAUUGAAACCGAGUAGUUAAAGGACAUGAGGAAACACUGGCCAGUGUCAUGGCAGCUGAGUCAAUAAGGGCCUUUCCGAUGAUACUGUUUACCUUUUACAUGCUCCUUAUAUCAGCAUAAAGGGCUUUACCUUUAAGUAGUGCAGUAAAUCAACUGUCCUGCAGUCUAUUAGCUGUCCGCUGUCCGCUGUCCUGCAUGCUGUUAAUAAUGCAUUAUUCACUGGAAGUUUUUCCAAAGCAAGGUAUCCAGACUUGAAUGACAGCUCUGUUAAACUCGGGGCCCCAGUGAGAUGCAGGAAAUGGAACGGCUUGUUUGGUGUUGUCUUCUUUUCGUUCUUUGCUUCUUAAGGAGAGUUGUGGCGCUACAGGAGUCUUAAAAACUCCACCUGUGGUCCAGUUACAUGCUAACGGAAGGGAAGGUGAACGGAGUAAAUGUGUUCAGUGAGACACGGCAGAGACUCUGGGCUUGAGUCACUCGAGGGGUUCUGGUGUGUUACAGGCUGUUUGGAAAUCAAGACUACAGCAGAACCGGUCACAGCCCACUGAACUGGUGCCAGGACUCCAGCCCUAUUUACAACAGCGAGGAUCUAUAGCAGUCUUCUCUAAUGCUGAUUCAAUACACGUGUUUCUUCUUGUCAUCCUUUUCUUUAAUAAAGAAUCACAGCCACAGCUUUUACAAGACUUGUUGCUUGUACUACAGCCCUCAGAACCCCAGCUUCAUCGUUACAUUUAAAUAACAGAACGAGCGAGCAGGGCCCCCUUCUGCCUUUCACCUUCGCACUCUGACCUUUCACUGUUCCGACCGCUUUGGUAAGGUUCUGGAAUGACGUUCAGUCACUUCCUCUCAGGCCGAUGUAACCUUGCUGGGUAAUAUUAAUCAUAAACCUUUUCAAUGUGUUUCCCCAGACUGUUCAACAAUGCCAAAUGCUACCUUCUGCUCAAACACAGCAUAACAAACACAUUUAAAACUGUUUUGUAAUUCAGGUUUGAUUACCUACAAAUGUAAGCACAUGAACUGUUUGCGGUACGUUUCUCUGUACUUUGUACUGUAAAUAAAAUCCGUUCCAUGCCGACUUCUCUCUCUCUCUUUAUAAAAAGCAUUAGGAAUGGCAUUCUCAGUGCAGGGCUAUUGUUCACCAGCUAAGUGAACAGUUUUCCAUUUGUCAUCUGCUUCAUUCAUUGGGACGCUGGUGACACAGUGGGUGGCUUUUUCUGAGCCGAGAUCACAAAUGAAUAUCCUGUCUUGGGAAAUACCAAUUUCAUCUGCCAUUCCUACACGCUGUGCUUGACUGUUCAGUGGUGCUGUUUAAUAGCAAGGACCUUUAUCCUGUGGCACACAAUGCCUCCCCUUCACCCAUUUUUACAUUGUGGCAUUUUACAAAACUGCUACUAAUUACCACCCUGGCAGGGAUGAAAUCCCCUUCAACAGACACAUGCAUGUCACGCGUCAUACAUACAUCUGGAGAACCGCUUAGCCAGUUGUCAUGAAGCUUGGUUUAAGUUAUUGAGCACGUCGGAUUGUGGCACUAUAGGGCAGUCUGUGAGUCUGUUCAUCCAUCAGUCUGUCUGUCAUACAUUUUGGUAUUAAUCAGGGGAGCUGCUUAUCAAAUCGUGGUUUGUGCUCAUUUUUCAUCACAGUGGAAUCUCUAAUUUAGAGUCGGUAGCCGAGGCGGUGGAAGGGACGCAAGUCCCUGAAAUGCUUGUUUCUCUGCACUUCAAGGACAUGAACAUGUUCGGGGCUGCUGCUGGGUCCACAAGUUUUCAAAAUGUAUUUAAUGAAAUUCUUUCUUGAGUGCAAUAUCAAUUUUUC